UCAAUUGCCUCAGCAUCUCUCUCCUCUCUCUAUAAAUACUGAAACUUUGCACAUCUCUUUUCGCUCUCACACUCACUCUCUCUCUCUCUCUCUCUCUCUGUCUCGCUCCGCACUAUCAUAUCUCACUAAUCGUCCAGAUUCAGGGAACCAAACAAAGAAAGAACUGAGUGAAGAAUGCAACCAAGGAAUUUAGAGAAGCUGGCAUCUAUUGAUGCACAGCUUAGGCUUCUUGUUCCUGCAAAAGUUAGUGAAGAUGAUAAAUUGGUCGAGUAUGAUGCUUUGCUUUUGGAUCGGUUUCUUGACAUUCUCCAAGAUUUGCAUGGAGAGGAUCUCAAGGAAACGGUUCAAGAGUGCUAUGAACUUUCUGCUGAGUAUGAAGGGAAACAUGAUCCCCGUAAACUUGAUGAGCUUGGAAAUCUCUUGACGAGUUUGGAUCCUGGGGACUCUAUUGUUAUUGCCAAGUCUUUCUCUCACAUGCUUAACUUGGCAAACUUAGCCGAAGAGGUUCAAAUUGCAUAUCGCCGGAGGAACAAGUUAAAAAAAGGAGAUUUUGCUGAUGAGAACUCUGCAACCACUGAAUCAGACAUUGAAGAAACUUUCAAGAGGCUUGUUAUUGAUCUAAAGAAGUCUCCAGAAGAAGUUUUUGAUGCACUGAAGAAUCAGACUGUAGAUCUUGUCUUGACUGCUCAUCCUACUCAAUCCAUUCGUAGAUCUUUGCUUCAAAAGCAUGCAAGGAUACGUAAUUGUUUGGCUCAGUUGUAUGCGAAAGACAUUACUCCAGAUGAUAAGCAGGAGCUUGAUGAGGCUUUACAACGAGAGAUCCAAGCCGCAUUUCGGACAGAUGAGAUUCGAAGAACUGCUCCAACUCCUCAAGAUGAGAUGAGAGCAGGAAUGAGCUACUUUCAUGAGACAAUCUGGAAGGGUGUUCCAAAGUUCUUGCGCCGUGUUGACACCGCUUUGAAGAACAUAGGGAUUAAUGAAAGAGUUCCUUACAAUGCUCCUCUUAUUCAAUUUUCAUCUUGGAUGGGUGGUGAUCGUGAUGGUAAUCCACGGGUGACUCCUGAGGUAACAAGGGAUGUUUGCUUAUUGGCUAGAAUGAUGGCAGCUAACCUGUACUAUUCCCAAAUUGAGGAUCUUAUGUUUGAGUUGUCCAUGUGGCGUUGCAGUGAUGAGCUCCGUGUUCGUGCAGAUGAACUCCAUAGAUCAUCAAAGAGAGAUUCAAAACACUACAUAGAGUUUUGGAAGCAAGUUCCCCCUAGUGAACCCUAUCGUGUAAUUCUUGGUGAUCUAAGGGAUAAGCUGUACCAAACACGUGAACGCUCUCGGCAAAUGUUAUCUCAUGGGAACUCUGACAUCCCAGAGGAAGCAACUUUCACCAACGUUGAGCAGUUCCUGGAACCUCUUGAGCUGUGUUAUAGAUCACUCUGUUCAUGCGGUGACCAGCCAAUUGCUGAUGGAAGCCUACUUGAUUUCUUGAGGCAAGUUUCAACUUUUGGAUUUUCGUUAGUGAGGCUUGACAUUAGGCAAGAGUCAGAUCGUCACACUGAUGUCAUAGAUACCAUUACUAAGCACUUGGAGAUUGGUUCCUAUCGAGAGUGGUCUGAAGAACGUAGGCAGGAGUGGCUUUUAUCUGAACUGAGUGGCAAGCGACCGUUGUUUGGUCCUGAUCUUCAAAGAACAGAUGAAGUUGCUGAUGUGUUGGAUACUUUUCAUGUCAUAGCAGAACUCCCAGCAGAUAGCUUUGGAGCAUACAUUAUCUCUAUGGCAACUGCACCAUCGGAUGUGCUUGCGGUUGAGCUCCUGCAACGUGAAUGCCAUGUGAAGCAGCCAUUAAGAGUUGUUCCACUGUUUGAGAAGCUCGCAGAUCUAGAGGCUGCUCCUGCUGCCUUGGCUCGACUCUUCUCAAUAGAUUGGUAUAGAAAUCGUAUUAAUGGAAAGCAAGAAGUCAUGAUUGGUUACUCAGAUUCUGGGAAAGAUGCUGGACGAUUUUCUGCAGCCUGGCAGUUAUAUAAGGCUCAAGAGGAGCUCAUAAAGGUAGCCAAGCAAUUUGGCGUGAAGCUUACAAUGUUCCAUGGUCGUGGUGGGACUGUUGGAAGAGGAGGUGGUCCCACUCAUCUUGCUAUAUUGUCUCAGCCACCAGACACCAUUCAUGGGUCACUGCGUGUCACUGUUCAAGGUGAAGUUAUUGAGCAAUCAUUUGGUGAGGAACACUUGUGCUUUAGAACACUUCAGCGAUUCACAGCUGCCACUCUGGAGCAUGGCAUGCAUCCCCCAGUUUCCCCAAAACCAGAAUGGCGCAAGUUGAUGGAUGAAAUGGCCGUUAUCGCUACUGAGGAGUACCGCUCUAUUGUCUUUAAAGAACCACGAUUUGUUGAAUAUUUCCGCCUUGCUACACCAGAGUUGGAGUAUGGUAGGAUGAACAUUGGAAGCCGUCCGUCUAAGAGAAAGCCAAGUGGAGGUAUUGAAUCUCUCCGUGCUAUCCCAUGGAUAUUUGCCUGGACACAAACUAGAUUCCACCUUCCAGUAUGGCUAGGCUUUGGAGCAGCAUUCAAACACGUCAUUCAGAAGGAUGUUAGGAAUCUCCAUAUGCUGCAAGAGAUGUACAAUGAAUGGCCUUUCUUUAGGGUCACCAUUGACUUGGUUGAAAUGGUGUUUGCUAAGGGAGACCCUGGAAUAGCAGCCUUGUAUGACAAACUACUUGUUUCUCAGGAUCUAUGGUCAUUUGGUGAGAGGUUGAGGACCAACUAUGAAGAAACCAAGCGCCUUCUUCUACAGAUUGCAGGACACAAGGAUCUUCUUGAAGGAGACCCAUACUUGAAACAAAGACUGCGGCUGCGGGAUUCAUACAUCACAACCCUCAAUGUAUGCCAGGCCUACACACUGAAACGUAUACGGGAUCCAAAUUACAAUGUGACUUUGCGGCCACACAUUUCUAAAGAAAUUAUGGAAUCAAGCAAACCAGCUGAUGAACUUGUGAAACUAAAUCCAAAAAGUGAUUAUGCCCCUGGUUUGGAGGAUACCCUUAUCUUGACCAUGAAGGGUGUUGCCGCCGGACUACAAAACACUGGUUAAAACUGGUGUCCCUUUGUUUUCUUUUCCUUUCGAUGCCUUUUUAUACACAGGUUUUGCCCAAAAAUACCAUGAUUAUAUGCAGUAGAUGCGGAUGCUGUUUAAAUUAUCCACCUUGAGUUUGAGAACUCGGGCAAACUUUUCCAGUUGUAUGAUCUCUUUGCCGUACUUCAAUACUGUUUCUAGGGCCAGCAGUGUGUUAUGGCUGCAUAAGAACAGGGGAAAUCUAAUGGAACUUUGCUUGUAAUGCUUUAAUAUUAAUAAUAUACCUCGAGGCUUUAAAAUA